AUGUCCCAGCUUCAAAUCCCAGAACUCAAACAAUUUUUAGAGAAGCUAUCCCUCGAUGGAAAGUACGAAUUAUUCCUCGCUAAUGGAAUAAAGCAAGUUGAACAUUUAAGGGAUAUCCAAGAAUCAGAUAUCACUUUACUGGAAUUAACUGUUUUUGAAUGGCGAAGACUUCAGCCAGAGACACAACAAACAUUGGAGGACACCACUCGGAGUGUAAAAAAGACAAGUAUUCCAGCGUACAAGACAUCAACAGCUUCAAAAGUUAUUUCUUUGCCUAAAGCAUUUAAAAAUUUCUUUGAAACGAGAGAUGGGCAAGGAAACAUUGUAGUUUCUACAGAACCGCUGAAGAGGAAGUUUAAAGACCUUUGGUACGAAAAUCCAUGUACACCAGCUCAAGAAUUCUCCAAUUCAAUAACUUUGCAAAUGGCUGAACAGCGAAUGCAACAUGAAAAGCGAAAGAGAGAUUGUGAACUGUGGUGCCGAAAGCAACGGGCAAAGCGCAUUUAUUUCUUGUUGGCAACAACAGAACAGCCUCUGGUAUUCAAUACAUGGACUCAUUAUUUUAAAAACCAAAGCAUCAUGGGAAAAUUGGGUUUGAUCAAAGAGCAAUAUCCGACACUGGCUACUUUCAUCGAUGAUCUUGGAAAUGAUGCAGUUGACAAUGUAUCUAUACCUGCAUUGGCUAUGUACGAUACACUUUGCCAGGUUGUUGGGAAGCUAGAAGAGGUCUCUACUUUCUGUGAUACUGCCAUUGGAAAGUGUGAGGAGGAAAUUUCUAGUUGUUUAAUAAAUACAGAUGGUCAGCCAAAGAGAGGUAUAAACCCUAAUAAAAUAAAGAAUUCUGACCACACUUUAUUGUGCUGUCACCCUUAAAUCAUCAUUUAAUUUCUAGCUUUCUUGCUAUAGUGAAUAUGAGUGAUAGUGGUAUUAUUGUUGUCCAAUAUUAUUGGAAAACAAUAAUACCACUAUCACUCAUAUUCACCAUAAAAUAAUAUCCAUAUAUCCUAGCUACUGCUAGAGGUGUAGAAAUGUGUAUAACAGUUUUUACUGCAUCAUAUUCAGUGUGUGUAUAAACCAGGCCAGGGACCCUGCCCCCUGGAGACAUGUUGCCCCCCCCAGGACAUGUUGCCCCCCAUCCCCUACCUUGGGUCUUUUUUGCCCCCCCCCCCCUUGGCAGAAAAUCCUGGCUACGCCUUUGAUCAUAUUAAGGGGUUGUUGACAAAUAAAUUUGUACUGCAAUCAGUCCUGUUUCUCGUGACGGGGGUGGGGGGUGGUAGUAGUGGGUUUAAAUACUGAUAUAUGUGAUAGCAAAAUAUGAAACUGGAUGAAAAAUUACCUUUCUGUGCAUAAAUUAUCCUACUGGUCUGGUCCUGGAGGGGGAGAGGGAAGAGCAAUCAUGGGACAAAUCCACGAUUGCAGGAUGGGAAUCCAUUUGUCAACGACCCCAAGGCCCUGAAAACAUUGUAUUUUUCAUAUAUGUUAAAGGUUAUGAAGAGGAGCUGAAAUUUUUCAAGGAUACUGCAUUACCAAAGUUAGAAAAUCUCACUUCCAUUGUGAAAAACAAACUUAAUAAUGCAACUGAAGUUAUGGAGAAAGCUCGAGAAAAAUAUUGUUUUUCACAAGCCUACAAGAAAGCUAAACGGAAGGGAAAGACAUCUCGGCGGCAUGUUAAACAAAAAAACUGCCACAAGAAAGACACACAGCAAGAGAACAAGAAAGAGCAGUCAGUCACCAUUGAUGAUUCUGACCUUGAUGAUAUUUAUAUUGACAGUGCCAGUGGCAGUGACCCAGACAGUGAAGAAGUGACAAUUUGCAAUGCAACAGGCUGAUUGCGAAGUGGUUAUAUUAAAAAUCAUUAUAGAUAUUUUAUAGACACAUACUUUAU